AUGCAUUGUUCGUCUCCCAAAAUGGUUUGCGAGACUAAAAUUGUUGCAGACGAACACGAUGCCAUACCUGGGAGUAAAAAAGAAUCUAUCAUUGUUUCCUCUUCACAAAUGUGGACAUCCUCUCCGGCGUCGGCCAGUGCACUCGAAAGUAAAGAGAUGAAAAGGGAUCAAGUCUUCAUCCGCGAAUUCGAGCGGGCGGACCAUGCGGAGGUGCGCCGCAUCUUUUAUGAGGGUAUCAUGGAGCGGAUACCCAAUACUGCAUUUCGGGGUCUCAGACAUCAAACUCAAACCCAGUUUCUAUACGCCCUUCUCACAGUGAUGUGCUUUGUAAUGACCAAGUCUUUUGCCCUGACCUGCUGCGCUCCCUUCCUGCUUAUGGGUGCACGAUACUACUACAGUAGAAAAGUCAUCCUCAACUACCUGGACUGCGCACUCCACACAGACAUGUCAGACAUUGAGACCUAUUACAUGAAACCCACAGGUUCCUGUUUCUGGGUGGCGGUGCUAGAGGGCAAAGUGGUCGGCAUCGUAGCUGCACAGGGCCGAGAAGACGACAACACGGUGGAGCUGAAGCGAAUGUCGGUGGAUUCUCGUUUCCGUGGUAAGGGCAUUGCCAAGGCGCUGGGUCGGCGAGUGCUGGAAUUUGCCGUACUCAACAACUAUUCGGCAGUGGUCCUGGGCACCACCGCGGUAAAGCUGGCUGCUCACAAGCUGUACGAGUCUCUGGGUUUCCGGCGAGUGGGCGAGAACGAGGACUACACGCUUCCGGGUAUGACCCGCUCCCCGCUCGAGAGGCUGUUUUUCCAGAUCCGCUACCACCGUUACCGGCUGCAGCUCCACGAAGAGUGA